GCUUUGGAAAGGGAGGCCAGAGUUGGCCUUGAUUUCUCUCUAAGCCGCUCGCUCCGGGGCUAGAAAGAGACUGCAGAGCUCAGAAGCAUGGGAGUGAGCUGAAAUACCCUGUGGUUCUGGGAUAAGGAUGAGAAGCUCCUCAUUCUAGGCCUGGACUUUAGAGGUCAUCAUCUAGUUUACCCGACUCAUUUUAUAGGUAGAAAACAGGUCCAAAGAGAUGAAGUGACCCAUUGCCUGAGGUCACAGAGGUCACAUGGACUAGAUUCCACAGGAGGCUCUAUAGCACCAGUCUAGUUAAAGGAUGAGAAUCAGGGUAUGAAAUUAAGAGUGAGAAAAUGGACCUCGCUCUCAGGGCCAAGGACAUUAACUCCAUCAGGGUCAGAGAUACUUACUAGAGUGUGCCUUCAAUCCCAGGGGCUUCUGGGAAGGGAAAAGAAUGGGAGCCCUGCCUAUCCAGAGAGAAGGCAGCAUAUGGAAUCCUUGAGACUGUAUGAGGUGAGGCCUGGUUGCCCAGGCAACUGCUGUCCCUGAGGUUGUUGUUGCCUUAACCUCUUAGGUGGCGUGUUCACCCCUUCAGUUGCCAUAGCCCAGGUAGCCUUUUUCCCUCAGCCACCAUGGCGCGGCACCUCAACAUGGACACACAGCGACAAAACUUCUGGAAGGAAGAAUACCUCAAGGAGAUGAUGUUGCGUUGUGAUUGGCACCAGAAGUAUGGGGCGAAGGUAAAAGCCAAGCAGGUGGCUAGGGAUGCCGCAAGAAAGGUCUUCAAACUGCCAACCUUGGGCCCCAAGGCCCCACCUUCUCCUCCACCCCCACCCAAAGAGCCCCCCAAGCCCCCUUCUCCCAUCAAGGAGGCUCCUACAGAGACGGAAAUGUUCCCAGUGCCACCUGAAACACGGGAACUCCUGUACCAGGGAAUCUCUCAUGAUUUCCAGGGUCGUUUCAACUACUUGGAAAAUCGCAAAAUUACCAAGCCAGAGGAGCGUUACCUCUUUCCAGUCACUACCAACUUCACUUAUGGCUGGCAGUUAGGCCCCCCAGUGGAACGAAAGCUGGUCUCCUGUAAGAUGUGCCGGAUAGAAACCUUCUUCCGCAAGAAUGGGGCCUUUGCUCUACUCGACCCCAAGGACGUAGCCCUCUGA